AUGUCCUUGGACCUCAGUUCAGAUGAGACUGAAGGAGGUAUAUACCAAGAUGAAUUAGCCGACUUUCAUCCAUUUGAACAACAGCAACAGGAAGAGCAACAGUCACCACCAAAAGAGAACAGUAGACAAGUUCGAUUAAUAUUAGAUCAUACGGCAUUUGUACGUGGGAUAGGAAAUGUUAAAAGAUGGUUUAAUGAAGAUUACGUAAACCAAAACCUUCGUAAAUCAGAUGAGGUUGUUGUUUUGAAUUUAUACAUACCUUCCUACACCUUACAUGAAUUUGAAUUUGUCAAGAAGGGAACUUCGAUUAGUGCUACUAAUGCAAGAGAAGCUAUUCGCUUUAUUGAUAAAUAUGUAGAAACUGAGAAUGAUAGCUUUGAAAGGAUUAAAUAUAAUUUAUUAUUAGAAACUCCCGAAGAUGCAGCUCCUCAAUGGGGAGAAUGUUUGAAGUUUAAGGUUCAUAAACCACGGGUUAAAGAGUUUCCUAAUUAUAAAACAAAAUUGGAUUCAAAUGUCCUCGGACAAGGAGGUAUUCAAAAUGAUGAUAAUGAUGCUGAAGAUAGUUUUUCACAACAGUUUGGUAGUUCAUUAUCUAUCAGUCAAAGAAAUAAAGUUAAUGAUAUUCAAUAUGAGAAUUCUCCAUCAUAUCAAAACGCACUUGAGAAUUCAAACAAACAUGCGGAAAUGCCAGUUAGGUUAAGAUAUCUUAUUAGAACAUGUAUUUAUAAGAGAUUUAUCGAGAAGCAUGCCCCAUUUCGUAAUGAAUUAGAAGAAUGGAAAUUAGUCACUGAAGAUCCAAUUGCAAAAAUUUGGGCAAAAAGUUUUGGAAUUGAUUGUUUGAAUGUUAAUGAAGCUGAAUUAUUACUUUUUCAAAAUUAUGAUGUGAAUCUGUAUCAUCUUUAUAAUCCUCACAAUAAUUUCUUGAAUGAAGAAGAGUAUGAUCCAAGUACAAAUAUCUUACAACAUACAAUUGAUACUACUUUAUAUACAUAUAGAGAUGCCCGUCAGGAACCACCUACUGUUAAGACCAGAGGGAGAGAUUCUCGUCGUGGCGGAAGGGGAAGAAGAAGAAAUAACAAUUGGGCAAGAUUACCAACUGAGUAUGUUGUACAAGAAAGUAGACAAGAACGUGAUGGAAGUUCUGUUAAGAAAGAGAAAUUUGGUGCGAUUAAUUAUGCUCCCAGACCUUCUGGUGAAUUAUGGGAGCCGUAA